AUGUCCGGUCUCGCAGCCUUCAAGAAGUACCCACUCACGUUCAACGGCCCAUCGCCAAUCUCACACCUCGCGCGCCUGUCCAAGCACCUGGGGAAGAACGUCAACGUCUACGCCAAACGGGAGGACUGCAACUCUGGCCUGGCAUUUGGUGGUAACAAGCUGAGAAAGCUGGAAUACAUCGUGCCGGAUAUCCUGGCCGGCGAGUACACGCACCUGGUGUCGAUUGGAGGCAGACAGUCCAACCAGACCCGUAUGGUCGCGGCCCUGGCCGCACACCUGGGCAAGAAGUGUGUGCUGAUCCAGGAGGACUGGGUGCCAAUCCCAGAGGCCGAGAAGGACGUGUACAACAAGGUUGGCAACAUCGAGCUGUCACGUAUCAUGGGCGCCGAUGUCCGUGUCAUUGACGACAAGUUCGACAUUGGCAUGAGACAAUCGUUCGCCGAUACCAUGAAGGAGCUGGAGGAUGCUGGCCACAAGCCAUACCCGAUCCCCGCCGGCUGUUCUGAGCACAAGUACGGUGGCCUGGGGUUCGUUGGGUUCGCCGACGAAGUGGUCAAGCAGGAGAAGGAGCUCGGGAUCAAGUUCGACAAGGUGGUCGUGUGCUGUGUCACCGGCUCGACCACCGCGGGCAUCUUAGCCGGCAUGGCCCAGUACGGCAGACAGGACGACGUGAUCGCCAUCGAUGCCUCCUUCACGCCGGACAAGACUAAGUCCCAGACGUUGAGGAUCGCCAACAACACCGGUAAACUCAUCGGGCUGCAGCACGAGUUCAAGGACUUCCAGUUGGACGAGAGAUUCGCCUACCCAUGCUAUGGUGUUCCAAACGAGGGCACCAUCGAGGCCAUCAGACUCUGUGCAGAGCAGGAGGGAGUGCUCACCGACCCGGUGUACGAGGGCAAGUCCAUGCAAGGCCUGCUCCAGCUGAUCACCGAGGGCUCAAUCGCUCCAGGCUCCAACGUGUUGUACGUGCACCUGGGUGGUGCUCCAGCGUUGUCCGCCUAUUCGUCCUUCUUCCCUACAAAGACCGACGCCUGA